UUGAGUGAGACAUGUUGAGAGAUGAGAAGAUGUCUGAACUGGGUGUGUUGAUAGACUGGUGGUUUCCUCCAAGGCUGAAGCUGAUGCUGUUGAUCGUAGUGUCUCUGCAGCUUUUCGCCAACACGGAGUUUGUGCGUGGAAAUCCUGUCUCAGCAGGGAAUGAAAAACUCCAGUGUGUGACUGACUAUUUGUUCACCAUCAACUGCUCCCUGAACAUCCCACAGAACACCUCAGACAGCAACAGCGCCUUCUGGCUCAUUGUCAUGGAAAGAGCUCAAAAAAAUGAAUUCAUAUGCAUGCUGACAGAGACCGGUGGGCGUUACUUCUGUACUCUUCAAAUAUCCACUCCAGAUCCUGACUAUGACUAUCAACCCAACGGCUUCAUUGAAACACAUACCUAUCAGUUCUCUCUUUGUCACAAACUUGACGGAGCUGAAAGCUGUGAGCUGCUGACAGACAAGUUCAAGCCUUACAAAAACAUCAAACCAAACGCACCGUGCUGCCUUAACCUCAGCCAUGAGUCUGGUGAACAUCACUUCACCUGGGAGAGCACCUAUGAGAAAUACAGCUGGUACACCACUCUGACUGAUGACCUGAUGUUUCAGCUCCAUUACUACAAGAGAGGACACAAACUGGAUAUUCCACCAAAUACAAUCACCAUCUCAAGCAGAACAAAUUACUCUAUAAAAGAUCAUCACUUCUCACCAGACACUGAGUACUGUGCCAGGGUGCGCUCCAGUCCUGACCAGGCUUAUUUUGAGGGUCAGUGGAGCAGCUGGUCCUCUGAGAUUCAGUGGAGGACCGAUCCAGCUGUGAGUGAUCCUGGAUCAGACACAAUUAUGUCUAAAUUUUGGGUGAAGGUUUUCAUCCCUUUGGCUGUGGUGGUGCUACUCACCUUACUUCUGUGCUACGCUCCAAUUAAAAAGUGGAGGCAAAGAUCCUACAUUCCAACUCCAGCUCCUUAUUUCCACACCCUGUAUCAUGACUGCCAAGGAGAUUUCAAGGUAAGCUGAAGCCGGUAGUGUAAAAAAGUAACUGUUACUUCUUGAUUUUGUCCCUGAACAUGACUGUGAUUAUAGAGCUGGGUGGUAACACAAGGAAACACAGCAGACGCACUGAAGGCUGAGG